GCACCAGAGAGGAUGGGUCAGAGCGAUGCUGUGUAUGAGGUGGUGAGUCUUCAGAGGGAGGCGGAGAGAAGCAAUGAAGGACGACUGGCCUCGCCCACUGAGGAAGAGGAGGCUGAUGAAGAUAGCGACAGUGAAAUCUCCAGUGGAACAGGAGACGUUUCCAAAGACUGUCCUGAGAAAAUCCUGGAGUCCUGGGGAGGAAUCCUCACCAGAUGGCAUGGGAACCUGUCCACUCGUCCGAAGGGUUUGCCCUCGUUGGUGCGCAGUGGCAUUCCUGAGCCACUCAGAGCUGAAGUCUGGCAGCUGCUGGCUGGUUGCCACGACAACCACGACCUGCUUGAGCAUUACCGCAUCCUCAUCACUAAGCAAGAGAGUCCCUGCGACACCCAAGAGUAA